UACACACUAACACUAGCUGGGCCAACGCUCCCCAGAAUGAACAACGUGUUUCAGGAAGAAGUUGGCGCCUGAAGCCCCGUAUGCGGUUAGCUAGCACGCUAACCGAAAGUAUGAAAGAUACUCCACUGUAAUGAUUUUUCUUCCCAUCGCUAUUAAAGAAUUCCAAUAUGAACGACACGGAAUUCAGCGUCCCUCUGUCCUCACUGGCACUCCUGGUCCCACCACUUCGGCUGAUGUCAGCAGUGAUGUGGGAAGUGGUUCGCCAGCGGAACAUAAAGCACUAUGGGAAACUGGAGGAGUUUGUGUCCAUGGUAACAGAUGCAGUUCCUGAACUGAUGAGUAAAAGAGAAGGGAGGCUGCUCUCACUGGGCCUGAGAGCAAGGACAACUCUGGAGCUGCUGCGUUCCGAACACCCGGAAGAUCUCAAGGCUGUUGAAAGCCACCUCAGCAGAAUCCGAUCUUCUUGCAUUGAGGAGACCAGUGAUGCUGUAAUUGAGGCACCAGAGGCGAACUUUAUGAAGCUGGUUCAAGGCCUCAUUGAAGACACUGAUGGCAGAGAACACUUCCUCAAGAAUGUGUUUCCAGUGGAGUACGGCCCUGACUUUGACACGGCACUGGAGACUUUGGUUUGUGAAUUCUUCAGCAGACUGGAGGAGCUGCUGCCAAUACCGGACUUCAAACAGACCGCAUCCUGGAUCAGUGCUGCCCCCUCUGUGCUGGAGGAGUAUAUGCAGUGUGUCUCAAAUGGAGAGGACCUUAAAUUUCUUCUCCAGAGCAAACAGUGCCACGGGAAACUGGCUAAAAGUAGUGUUGCUCCGUUUCAGUCAGAUGAUCUUCUCAUUCCCUCUCUGUCUCUUCCCCCAUCGCUGGAAGUGGCCAUCGCUUCCCACCCGAGUGCUUGUGACGAUGAAAAUAAUGACGUUCCUCAGAUCGUCAUGUUCGAUGAAGAACUGUCGACAAACCCUUCCACUUCAGCAGAUUUUCCCGAGUCACCGAAAAGGACUGAUAAUAUACCGUCAUCUCCUCGCAGGAGACAGCAGUCAGGGCUGCAUAAAUGCCCCGAGUGUGACAAAUGCUUCAAGCAUCACUCUGUCCUCAUCGAGCACCAGAGAGUCCACAGCGGGCUGCAGCCUUACAACUGCUCCGAAUGUGGGCGGGCUUUCAGAACAGCCACUCUGCUGGCCGGUCACAGGCUGCGCAAAUGCAAAAAUGCUGCAUAUUUGUGCAUUAAAUGUGGGAACAGUUUUCCAACCUCACUGGACAAAUUCAGACACCACUGCCCAAAACGGGGCCGCAACUACGACUGUGGGCACUGCGGGAAGAGUUUUCAGAAGUCAAGCAGCUUAAAGGAACACGUGCUGACUCAUGUCCAAAGCCGCCUUUUCAAGUGCAGUCAUUGUGGGGUGGGUUUUUCAGGAAUCGGUGACUUGAAGUAUCAUCAGCAGGUAGAUCAUGACAAGCCUUAUCAGUGUAAGCAGUGUGGAAAGAGCUUUAUCUCCUCCAAGUGUCUGACCAAACAUCAACAGCGACAUGAAGAGGUCGGCGAAAUGGAGACCGCCAAAUUAAUGAGUGGAGGUAAACAUAGGAAGAGUGGCUCCACUCAUCGGAUUUCCUCGGCAUCCAGGAAAACAUCUGUCAAAGCCGUCUACCCUCGAGGACGAGUCACACAUAAUUGUCCACUGUGUGGAAGGAGCUUUAAAUAUCGGUUUGAAUUUCUGGAGCACCAAAGGUUCCACACUGCAGUGAAGCCUUACAAAUGCUCUCAGUGUGGAAAAGCCUUCCGCACUGAAGCUCACCUCUCCAGGCACAGGAAGAGAAAGUGUAAAAACGCCUCCCACAUUUGCACCAAGUGUGGGUGUCAGUUCAGGUCUCUGCACGAGCGGGUCAGACAUCAGUGUGUCCAGCUGCUGACAAAAUAUGAGUGUUCUCAUUGUGGAAAGACCUUCAAGAUGGCCCACCUGCUGAGGAACCAUCAGAUGAGUGAGCACCAGCUCCCCUACAGCCCCAACCACCGCUUCAGGUGCAGAUACUGUGACGAGACUUUCCCCGGCAUCAGUGAGCUGAAGUAUCAUCAGAGAGUGGACCAUGAGAAACCCUACCAGUGUCAGGAGUGUGGCAAGUGUUUCCUGUCUGAAAAAUGCCUGGCCAACCACGAGCUGCGCCAUAAUGAUGACAGACCAGAGAGCUGUCUUGUCUGUGGCCGUGGCUUCAGAAACCGCUACGACCUGAAGCAGCACAUGCGCACUCAUACCGGAGAGCGGCCUUACCAGUGCACUCACUGUUCACAGUGUUUCUCCACAGCAGGAGGACUGAGGAGUCACACCAGGGUCCACACCGGCGAGAAGCCGCAUGUUUGCCCAGACUGUGGUAAAGCGUUCUCCCAGAUGGGUGCAAUGCGCACCCACAGGCUCACCCACACUGGAGAAAGGCCUUUCAAGUGCACAGUGUGUGGCAAAGGAUUCACAAUGGCGCACAAGGUGACAGUUCACAUGCGUGUGCAUACAGGAGAGCGGCCGUACGUGUGUUCUCAGUGUGGGAAGGCCUUCUCAGAUGGAAGUGUGCUGAAGCAGCACAUGCUGAACCACUCAGGUGUGAGACCAUACCACUGCCAGCUCUGUCCCAAGACCUACACCUGUCUGAACCACCUGAGGAGGCACCUGAAGAGCCACUCUAACAUGAACUGAAGGCAAACUGCUGCAGAACAUUUUACACACACACUGACACGCUGCAUUCAGCAGUUAGGACACUACAGCUGCAGUGGACCAACUAAAACAAGCAAUACAUGAAGGACUGUAGAAUGAUGCUGUACAGUUGUUAAAAUUAAAAUGAACAGUUUCCUCUUUAAAUGUAGUUACACUAGCCAGUUCUCACAGACUAUUUAAACAUUUAAAGGAAUAGUUUCCAACAUUUUGGGGAAUGCACUUAUUCGCUUUGUUGCUGAUAAUAAGUUGAGAAAGUCGUUGUCUCACAUCACCUGUGUCUCAGGAAAGAAGUUGCUCUUGAACGCACUGCAAAGACUCCAGUCGGUGGCCAGCUAGUACGUACGUUCUGCGCCUUAAUGAGAGGAAAUGACUCUCCACAGCAGCAGGUGGCGGUAGUCUGUAAUCAUCAUUCAAAAAGGGAAACCAGAACACUAAUAGGACAGAUUUAAGACACUAGUUAGCCAGUUAGCACAUUAACAACACAACUUAUGUUCAAAGGACAAAAUAUAUUCACCGUGCGCUAGCGGCCAAUACCACAAACAAUUAUGAACUAACUUCUGCUGAAGAGCUCAAUAGCUACAAAAAUAUUCGUACCUGAUAUAAAACUUUGUUUUAGAUCUCAAGCCCAUUUGUUUGCUUUCCUUACUUCAGUUUCUCUGCACUGAGCUGAGCUGCCAAUCAGAGUAAUUUCAUUUGCAGAUACCAAUUCAACAUGCUAAUUUGGCCAAAAAACAACCAACGAGGGCUGACUAAGGCCAACAGUGCGGAACACACCUCAAAACUACUAUUAAGAGAGCCAUUAUUGGCUAAAAAGAAAGAAAAAUUGUCAGGAGCCACAGAGCAUAUUUGUAUAAAGGUAACAGCCUAGUCUAAAUUAGCCCAUCAGCAUUACGAAUAGGUCUAAAUGAGCAUUGAUUAAUAUGAUUUACUAGAAGGUGGCUGCUCUGCAGUGGGCUAUUUAUCAGUAUUUAGUGCUUUAAUUUUGCAGCAUUGGUGAAAGCAAAUGAAUCCGUCCACACACUAUUAAUUUCCUUCAAGACAUUUCCUUUUUUGGAUUUGGAAUCCAUAGCUAGCCUUGUUAGGGAGACUCCAGGCAGCCACCGCUACUAAGGUUCAUCAAAAGAGUAAAAGGUGCCAGGUUGUAGGCGUAUGACGCAUUUUUUAAUUCGAUGUAUAGGCUACACAUUUUUACAGUUGUAGAAUGCAGUAAUCACCCCAGGCCUACAACAAUGACAAGUGAAAACCUGAAUGUUAAAAAUAACCGUUAUUCAUUUCCAUAUAAUUUUAUGUCAGAGCCACAGGGAGCCAGUGGAGAGGGUCCAAAGUGCCACAGGUUGCCUACCACUGAACUAAUGUGACAGAUGCUCACCGAUGGCCAACUCUCGGCUUGGUGUGUCAGGGCCUUUAGCAUGAAGACGGGAAGCCAGGGGAGACAGAUAGCCUGGCUCCAUCCAAAGGUAUUCAAACUCUGCCUGUCAAACAAGUAGUCCUGUUACAUAUAAAACAACAAGAUAUAACAUGCCAGUUAGUGAGCUUUGUUGGCUGUAGCUUCAUAUUGAACGGACAGAUAUGAGAGUGACAUGAUUCAGUUCAUUGUUCUAUUUGUUGCGAAAAUUUGCAAUACGAGACUAAAUUUUAAGACACAUUUGCUCCUUACAUUGGAGGUACCUCCCCAGCUGUCGCCACUCUCUGCCUCCUUUCUGGCAUUUGGAACAGUGGCUACACGAAGGGGCUGAGCUGUCCUCCAUCUCUGUCUCCAAACUGUCGCGCUCUCUGCAUUUGUGUGUGGUCUUCAUCCUGAGACAACCAGGCAGAGAAAACGACUCGUAUUCAAGGUGGACGACUUCACCGAAUUUGUUUAAUUGCAUUUCUUUUCCUGGCAGACUCCUCGUCACCUUCAUCCACCUGAAUAUUAAUAUCUCAGCUGUUGAAAGUGGCUAUCUGAGUUUUGAAAUGAUACUCUGCGCCCUGUCCUUCUCUCUUGUUACAGGUUAACAUCACAUUUUCUGCACUGCCUUUUGGUCACACAACUGUCUAAAGUUUUUUGACAAUCUGAAAAAUCACGUAUAAUCCAACCUGUUCCAAAAAGUUUAUUGAAGGACGAAAGUUUCAGUGUGUCAACAAGCUUCACACAUCAGGUCGUGCAUAUUUUUAACAUCCAGUAGUUUAAGACGAAAAAUACAGACUUGGUGUGCAAAGGCCUCAACUCAACAGGAAAAUAAAUAGGUGUAUUUUACAAAAUGUCGAAGCAUUCCUUUAACAUCAGCACAAGCUCGUUCUCAUUCCCCAUCAGGUUAUUCCUUGAGCUUAUUUUUUGUUUCCCCUCCCCCCCGUACAUCAAUUUCCUCUGCAUGGAUAUGUUUGGAUGUUAUUCUGGACAUUGUUUGAGUGAGAUGCUGUAAUUUUGGUGAAAAUAUAUUUUUUGGAAAGGCCUCGAUAGUGAUAGAAAUUAACUGAAAAAAGGCUCUGUAAAUACGCUGGAAGACAAAUAUUGUGAGAGUGCAAAGUUAUAAUGAUGACACUGUUUAUUUCAACAUGACAUAACGUUAUUCCUGAAGGCCUUUUAUAUCCCCACAGCUAUGGUUUGCAACGUUUGUGAAUUUCAAAUUAAAUUACCUUGGUUAUACUUUGUGUAUGUUGAUGUAAUUUAUUUAACAGAGGGAAACAUCUGGGAGCGUCCUCAGGAAAGGUGUGCUGGAAGUUAUAACAAUUCUAAAAAAGUUUCAUUUAUAUUCAGUUGAAUGCAGUAUAAGGAGAAGAUACUUAAUGCUGAAACUGAUGAAAUUUAAUAUUUUUGUAAAUUACACUCACUGAGUUUGACACCUGCAACUCAUUUCUAAAAAGUUGGGUCAUGUUACGUCACCAAAGUGUUUGGGAACUGAGGACACUAAUUGUUAAGGAUGGGUAUCAUUAAGAUUUUAACGAUACUACUACUCUUACUGAUACUGCUUAUUGAUCCAGUACUUUAAUGGUACUCAUCAAUUCUUUUGGGGGUUUUUAAGAGAAAAAAAUUAAACAAAUUAAGAACAGAAUUAACGUGGCUUCAUUUUUUUUAUGUAUGUCAGUACAGUAUAUAAAAUAAUAUUCUGCAACAGCAUUGUUUAAAAAUGAAUUUCAAUUUUUAAUUUUAUUUAUAAAGCCCCAUAGCGGCAGUAGCUCAGUCCAUAGGGACUUGGGUUGGGAACCGGAGGGUCGCCUGUUCGAGUCCCCGUCCAGACCAAAAUAUGGAGCGUGGACUGGUGGCUGGAGAGGUGCCAGUUCACCUCCUGGGCACUGCCGAGGUGCCCUUGAGCAAGGCACCGAACCCCCCAACCGCUCAGGGCGCCUCACCAAGGGCUGCCCCCUCACUCUGACAUCUCUCCACUUUGUGCAUGUAUAGGUCCUGUUUGUGCAUGUGUGUGUCUUUCAGACCUGUGUGUAACUGACAAGCAAGAGUGAAAACAUUGAA